GAUCAAGAUUUUCGAUCCGAUCGCGUGUGCCUGAAAGCCACGUGGAGAGCUUGAGAACAAUUACAAGGUUCACAUGCCACUGGCAGCAGCAAGUUCAACAUUCAUACGAACGAUAUUACGCGUGCGUAUACACUCUUUCGGGGGCCAACAUGUCCCAACCACAAGCUAUGCAAGUAAGACAUCCAUUGUGAGUAUCAACCCAGUGGUACGGCUUAUCGUAGGGACCAAAAUAACGCUUCUCGACAGGUCUGUUAUAUUCCUGCUUCAUAUCGCGUUGGAAGUACCCAUCGCGUUGCAGGGACUAUUGUCUCCUGCAGCGUUGCCGUUUUUACAACUUAACAACACAACCGUUGUAUUUAUUAAGCUCUACGCCGCGUUAGUGGCCGGAACAUGUGCUGCAGCAUUACUAUGCUUUAGCCUACCAGAAUUCCUACCGGGGAAACGUGCACUAGCUAUCGCGCUCUGUCUGUAUCAUGUCACUUGUUCGACAAUUCUGUAUGGCGCUCCUCGUAUUAUCCCGUAUUCUUUUGGACCAUUAGCAGAAUCAUACCGCGUCACCCCCGAGGUCGUUUGGGGAACAUUGCAUGGACUUGUCGGUUUGGGUAUGGCCAUAUGGUGGCAAGCUACGGUCAUGAUGACUGCGGCUAUGCGCAUGAAGGCAGAGUGAAAUUGUGUGAACAGGACAGGAAGGAUGUACAAUGUGCAUGUAAUGCGUCUAUCUAUUGGGUGUUGUAUUUACAUUGAGAGUUUGUGCUCUUUACUGAUACACAAGCUUUGAGGAGAUCGUCGUGAUGAGGGAAAUUCGUCUAUGUAAAUGGAGUAGAGAAAGAAAAUGAGGACAUAAGGAGGAUGGGUGAAUACUCUUUAGACACAAGAAUACAGGACAAAAGAUGAAUACGGAAAAACGGCAAGAUAGGGAUAUAAGUGGAGAAACAACAAUCUAAUGGCGGCACCGGCCCAGAAGAAACAGAAUGUUAACGAAGAGGAACGAAUACGGCUACCU